GGGCCUGCCGGCGGGUACUUGGGGCUGGGCCCGGCGGCUGCUGCUGCUGCUGCGGCCCCUCGGAGGUGCUGCUGUUGCUGCUGUUGCCGUCGCCUCCUCCUCGUCCCUCGGGCUCUCCCGGCUCUCGGCCAUGGCAGCCGCGCCUCUCAGAGUGUGCAUCGUGGGCUCGGGCAACUGGGGCUCCGCCGUGGCCAAAAUCAUCGGCAACAAUGUCAAGAAGCACCAGAAGUUUGCCCCGAUGGUCAAGAUGUGGGUCUUUGAGGAGACGGUGAAUGGACGAAAGCUGACAGACAUCAUUAAUAGUGACCAUGAGAAUGUAAAGUACCUUCCUGGACACAAGCUGCCCGAAAAUGUGAUUGCUGUCCCAAGUCUCAGUGAGGCCGUUGGAGACGCAGACCUCCUGGUCUUUGUGAUUCCUCACCAGUUCAUUCACAGGAUCUGUGAUGAGAUCACCGGGCGAGUCCCCAAGAAAGCUCUGGGGAUUACCCUCAUCAAGGGCAUUGACGAGGGUCCCGAAGGGCUCAAACUUAUUUCUGACAUCAUCCGAGAGAAGAUGGGCAUCGAUAUCAGCGUGCUAAUGGGCGCCAACAUCGCAAACGAGGUGGCUGCUGAGAAGUUCUGUGAGACCACGAUCGGCAGCAAGGUCCUGGAGAAUGGGCUUCUCUUCAAGGAACUCCUCCAGACCCCAAAUUUCCGAAUCACUGUCGUGAAGGAUGCUGACACUGUAGAGUUGUGCGGGGCGCUCAAGAACAUCGUGGCGGUGGGAGCCGGCUUCUGUGACGGGCUGCUCUGCGGGGACAACACCAAGGCUGCUGUCAUCCGCCUGGGGCUCAUGGAAAUGAUCUCCUUCGCCAGGAUCUUCUGUAAGGGGCAGGUGUCCACGGCCACCUUCCUGGAGAGCUGCGGGGUGGCCGACCUGAUCACCACAUGCUAUGGGGGCCGGAACCGGAGAGUAGCUGAAGCAUUUGUCAAGACCGGAAAGACCAUUGAGGAACUGGAGAAAGAUAUGCUGAAUGGCCAGAAGCUCCAGGGACCUCCGACUUCAGCAGAAGUGUAUCGCAUCGUCAAGCAGAAGGGGGUCCUGGAUAAGUUUCCCUUGUUUACAGCCAUCUAUCAGAUCUGCUACGAAGGCCGACCCGUCCAGGAGCUGCUGUCCUGCCUCCAGAGCCACCCGGAGCAUUUCUAACAGGGAUGAUACCGCCAUGUGCCAGGCAGCCUCUGCCUUUCCAAGUGACCCACAGGCUUGAGCAGCAAUGAUGGUGAAGGCCAGAUGCUCCUUGCCUGAUGCUUUACUCCAAACGUGAAUGUUGGUGGAUUUCUCCAGGUUCAUUCUUUUCUAGCCCAGGUGGAGGGGGAAUAGGUGAAUGGUCCAGUGCUGGAUAGAUUUGGGACUCAUUUCAUUGGCCAAGAUGUGGGUGCUUAAAACACCAUCAUGCAAAUGUUGCACAGCUAUCCCUGCAUGUGUGUGUGUUUGUGUCUGUCUGUCUGUCUGUUUGUCCAUCCUCUGUAUGUGUGUGCGUGUGCAUGUGCCUCCAAAACCCACUCACGUGGAUUUUUGGAUUCAUCUUUUGAAUUUACUCCAUAGUGGUAGCUUGGGAGAUUGGGACUGUCUUUACUUGUUUCUUUUUGUUUGUUUUUAAAUUGAACUCAUUAAUAUUAGGCCUUUGGGUGAAGCCAGUUUUGUUUUAAAAUGACAGUUAGCCAGCAUUAUUGUGGUGGGUGGGAAAAAAGGAAUAACCUUUAUCUGUUCAAUGCAUCAAAUAUACAAUGAGAAUUUUACUUCAUCCAGUGUAGUCUAGUCUAAUCAACAAGCAUUCAUUAAGCACCUACUGUGUGCCAGGCACCAUGUUAAGUGCCUGGGGGCAGGGUGAUGGGGUGGGGGUGGAGAAGCAGUUACAAAGAAAGGUAAAAACAGUCCCUGCAUCCAAGGAGCUUACUGUCUAAUAACAAAGCCAGCAUUGUUUUUUAUUAAUACUGUUGCAUGUGGUUUUUUUUUAAUGACAUUUGAAAUCAGGUUAUGCCACCUACAUUGUUCCUAUUUCUACAGUUUUCUGCAUUUCUAAUCAUUUUGGUAGGCUGCCAUUCUGCUCUUUUUUGGAAGUCCAUCGGCAAUGGUGGUGGGCUGGUAUGGGAUCAUGGGCCUCUUCCCCCUCCCUCACUCUUCUUCGAUGUUGCCUAGGCUUAGAAUUUUCAGAGCAACAUUGAGAAAACCACAGGCCUCCCACCCACCCCAAAUUCCAGAGUAGUUUUCUUAAGCCUGCUUCAGGCCUUCCCAGCUCUGUGUUGUCACCCAAGAAAAUGCUUGGUGUAGCUUGGUGUAAAUAGCAUCGCUACCUGUACCUGCUACAGCUUACUAGCCUUCAGCAUCUCUGGGCCAAGCCAUCUGCAGGCUUCCACAGCCUGACCCUCUUGGUGUGCCUGGCAUUCCAAAGAAGGUUUAAGCACCACCAUCUUGGAGGCCUGGCACAAAAUCAGGCCUGUAUGAUGCCUGCUAUUCAAGGCCACCUCUCUAACUUGAAGCAUCAACUCCUUGGCCUCAUCAGUAGCCAAGCCAUCCUGUGUGUCUCUGUUUGCAAUGCUGUGAAAACACUACAGGUAGGAUUUUUAGCAAGAUUGAAGUGGGAGGAGAAGCCUGGAUGAAAAGCCCUGACCUUUGGGCCUCCCUCACCAGGGAACCAUGAUUCUCUGAAGAUGAUCUGGCCAUGGCAGGUCAAGGAGGCCCAAAGAAGACCGACCGUGGCUUUCUCCCUUUUCCACAUUCUCACCUCAGUCUCUCUGCCAGCCUGGGAUGAGGGCCAAGCAGGUAGACAAGGUUCGAGGGUUUGCCUGAGGCCGGGGAUGGCUAACCACGCACAUUGAGACAGACCCAUCUACCAGUGUAACCUGUCUGCAUUUCAGAAGGCUUGUUCUGGGCUCAUGGCGAUCUUGAACCAGCUCAUUAGCCUCCUCCUUAGUCCCUGUGAGAGACUGAGCUGUGCAGGUGGCCGUUGCUUUCUGCUCAGAUCUCCCACAAAUUGUUUGCAAUGCAUUAAGGUGACUCCAGAAGCCAACGGAACCUAGGAGAAAUCAGCCUCGCUAAUGCGCACAUUAUGUCCCAUGUGAUUUUUUCAUUCUGGGAUUUGGGUGGGUGUGGGUUCAGCCAGGGGCCUGACUCAUUUCCUUCGCCCACCCUCUAGCACUUGACAAAUGGCAAGGGAACGUGUGAAUGUCUCCAAGCGUUCAGGGCCUGCUCAAUCACUUUCUGAGAAACAUUUACUCUUUAUUUUUGCUAUUGCUAAAAUGAUUGUAGAUGAAUGUUUUAUGGGUUUUUAAAAAAAAAAAAAACUCCAUCCCGGAUAUCACUGGGUAUUCAGAGUCAGAAACACGGACACCUGUGAAAAGCACAUGAAAUGCCCCAAAUUGAAUCCACUUUCAUGCUGUUACUGUCUUAAUUGACUUUGAACCACUUGACUGGUGAGAAGCCUUUUAAAAGUUUGUACAUUCAUACAAAAAAGUUGCAUUUUAAGAUCCCUAAAGGGCUGCCCACUGAUCACAGGGUCUCCUGGGUAGCUUAACUGUGGGGGGCGUUUGGGGUUUUGUGGAUUCUCCUCCAUAAGUCUCUCUUUCUCUGGAUUUUAUACUUGAGUGUUUUCUCCUUUAGACAGGCCCUGGUACCACUCUCUCUAAAUAAAGUCGAUUUAUUAAAUCUUGGGCAUAUACAACAACCACACAUUAUGGAAAGGGGCAGAUUUUUUAAAAAUUGUGCGCCUUAGGGAUCUAUUUAUUGUUCCACUGGUUGUCUUCAUCUGCGGCCUUUGGUUUGAUGUUAACUCGUAUUAACACUUCUACUAAUGACGGUAAGUGAGGGAUGCCCAUUUGUGAAUGGGCAAACCACAUCGGUGCCUUGCUAAGCAUGGCCAACAGCAGCAUGGAGCCAGUGUCCGCCUUGGAUUUCCCAUCUAAGAGAGUGGAAUGAAAGGACCUCAUUUAUAAACGAGUCUUGUUAACGUCAUGGUCCCAUUGUGUGGACCAGGCAGAGGAUGGGGAAAGGAGAUGUGCCCAUGGACAAAAAGGAUCUGUUCUCCAUUACUAAGCUUACUAACCACCAUUUACUUUUACAUGGAUUGUAUUUGUUUGCCUGUUGUAGAUAGGCAUAUUUAAUAAGCUUGGUACAAUAAACAUUUUAUCCCCAAA